AUGACACCGUUCUUCUUAGACGUAGAUGUUAGACCCGGAGACCUUCUAGAUAGUUUCGACAUCGUGUCCUUAUUUACCAACAUACCGGUGGACGAAGCAUUGGACAUCAUCAUCAUACCAAUAGAUACCAUGGACUUAACUAGACACUGCCUUAAAAACACAUAUGUUAUCUACAAUGACAAAAGGUACAAACAAAUAGAAGGAGCACCGAUGGGAUCACCUUUAUCCCCUGUAAUAGCCAAUCUCUUUAUGAUAGCUCUGGAAAAACGAGCAAUAGAGACAGCGGAUUACAAAUCAAAACUAUGGCUACGAUAUGUAGACGACACUUUCACCAUCUGGAACCACGGGAUAGAACAACUACACAGAUUCCUACAACACCUAAACGAAGUUCAUCCGAAGAUCAAAUUUACAAUGGAAACCGAAGAAAAUAGCCAACUGCCGUUCCUAGACGUUACGAUAAUAAAAAAGGAGACCGGACACUUAGACCACACAGUAUACAGGAAGCCGACUCACACCAACCGUUACCAGAACGCCAAUUCACAUCACCAUCCGGCACAAUUACAAUCAGUGAUCACGACAUUGAUCACAAGAUCAGAAACACUGGCAGGCGGCCUUGAGACAGAAUGGCUUCUCCGAGCAACGAUAACGCCCUACCGCCAACCACAAGGAGCCGUACCCGUGCGCAGCCAACCAGCACAAACCAGUCGGCAUAUAAAGCAGCGACAAACCAGCCGAGCACCAGUUCAAGCCGAGUUCGGACGAGAAGUAUAA